AGGCGGUGGUGGGGUUCGCAGCGCGCUCUGGUGUCUGUGGAUGCUGCGACUCUCCCGUAGCCAACCCCGCACUCCAAGGUCACUGCUCCGUGCUCGGGGACCCCUGCAGCCCUCGCCCCGGCUCUGGGCCCCCUGUUCUCCCGCCCCCGGACCCCGCAGCGCUCCCACGGCGGGCCCCCACGAUCUCGUUGUCCGGUGUCAAUGUCUCGGCUCGUGUAUCCCGGCCGCCGGAUCCGGUUUCCCCGCUGCAAUCUCACCCCGGCACUGGGGGAUCGGAUUCGGAGCCUGGAGGGAGGGUAACGAGCUCUGAGCACCGGGCAGGAGCCGUCAUGUUCCUGUUCAUCCGCAGCCCCCAGCGCCGCGUUCCCGGAAGCCCUCUGCCCUCCCCUUGCCGAGUCUCCCCGGGGGUGAAACGGGGCCACCGCAACCCCCGGGGGCACCGGAGCGCUAGGGGGGGGCGGCGGAGCACCGAGGAGCCCCAGCUGCCCCCCACUUUCAGGCAGGACGGGAAGCAGCGCUCUGGCCCCCCCGGUCCCCAGGAUGGUGAGGAGCUGGCAGAGGCUGCGCAAUCACCACCACUGCAGAGCUACUCAGUGCUGCAUGGGCUUGUGGGGCCGGCGUGCAUCUUCCUCCGGCAGAGCAUUGCCAUCACACAACUGGACCGGGAGUUGCGGCCGGAGGAGAUUGAAGAGCUGAAGCAAGCCUUCAAGGAGUUUGACAAGGACCGCGAUGGCUAUAUCAGCUACAAGGACCUGGGCGAGUGCAUGCGCACCAUGGGCUACAUGCCCACCGAGAUGGAGCUCAUUGAGCUGUCUCAGCAGAUCACAGGCGGCAAAGUGGAUUUUGAUGACUUUGUGGAGCUGAUGGGCCCUAAGAUGCUGGCGGAGACGGCGGACAUGAUCGGGAUCAAGGAACUGCGUGACGCCUUCCGUGAGUUCGACACCAAUGGGGACGGGCAGAUCAGCAUGGCGGAGCUGCGGGAGGCCAUGCGGAAGCUGCUGGGGCAGCAGCUCAACUACCGCGAAGUGGAUGAGAUCCUCAAGGAUGUGGAUCUCAAUGGGGAUGGCCUGGUGGACUUUGAAGAGUUUGUGCGGAUGAUGUCGCGCUGAAGGGCCGGGAGCCGCCGCCGUGCCUUACCGGGAGGAGGAGGGGAGUAGGCCUCCCCGGGCCUGCGCUGCCCCUCCGGGGGGGGGAGGGAGCUCCGGUCGUGGCCCCGUGGGGUCGUAGGUUCGCAGCUUUGCCGGUUCCCAAUGAAGCUCUGUGCCGUCG